AUGCAAUCUUAUAGCGCUGUACCUCUUACAUUUUUCUUUCCGGGUCCAAAUGGAAAGGUAACAAGCUACAAGCGUCGCGAAGAGCUUGGUCGUGGAGGUUUCGCUGCAGUUUAUCGUGUCCAAGAAUCUGAAACAGGUCAAGAUUUUGCAAUCAAAGUCAUUAACAAGAGCAAAUACACAAAGCCAAAGAGUAUUGAGAAGCUUAAAGGAGAAAUUUCUAUCCAAUCUUCUUUGAAUCAUCCAAACGUACUUAGAUCAUUUGGUCAUUAUGAAGAUUCUCGUUACCAUUACAUCCUCUUAGAGUACUGUCCAGGCAAGUCAGUUCGUGAUAUGGUACGUGGUUCAAGAAGACUUCCAGAGAAGAAGGUUGUUGAGAUCACAAAGGAUAUUCUUAGCGGUGUCUGCUAUCUUCAUGAUAACCGUAUCAUUCAUCGUGAUCUCAAGUUAGAGAACUACCUUGUCGGUGCUGAUGGCAAGAUCAAAGUUGCAGAUUUCGGCCUGAGUGCAAAGCUUGAUUAUGAUGAUGAAAAGAAGUUUACAGUUUGUGGCACACCAAACUACCUUUGCCCAGAAAUUCUCCGUUCCAAAGGACAUUCUUAUGAAGUUGAUGUUUGGGCAAUUGGCGUUUCUGUUUACGUCAUGCUGUUUGGAAAGCAGCCAUUCGAUUGCAUCAAGACAAAGUUAUUAUACGAGCAUAUCAAGAAUGGUAACUAUGUUAUUCCAAUCGAACCUCAAGUUUCAAAGAAUGCUAAGGAAUUCAUUAAAUCAACACUUCAGAUCAAUCCAAACUUAAGACCAAGUGUUCAGCAACUCCUUUGCCAUCCAUUCAUUACAGGCGGUCAAUUUACUGCUAUUGUUCCACAAAAGCCAAUUGUUUCUCACAAACCAAUUACAGAAAGGCCAGCUCUAUUAGCAGAAGUUCCAAAGAAGCAUGAGAAUGUCCUUGACAAUCCAAUUGUCAAUGAUGCUGUUGAUGGUCCUGUCCGUGUUGGUGAAGAAACCACAAUUCCAAAGUAUUUCGUCUCAAGAUUCUGCGAUGAUUCAAAGAGAACAGGUCUCAGCUAUCUUCUUGCUGAUGGAACAGUUGGUAUGAUCACCAAAGAGAAUGAAAGAUGGAUUAUGGAUCCUCACGAAGAAUUCAUUCAAUUCUAUAGGGAUUAUUAUGUUACAGAACCAGAAUUGAUUGAUCCUCUUCUUUCCAGUGAGCCAAUGGUUGCAACUUUAAAGAAGUUCUCUAAGCUCUUGAAGAAACUUACAUCAAUGUUCACAUUACCAGAUGUUAGAUAUGAUAAGAAUGUACCACUUGCACAUAUUAAAUACUGGCUUAGAUCAGAUAACGCCACUCUUUUCAGAAUGGAUCAACGUGAUGUCCAAGUCAAUUUUGAUGAUAAGGUGAAAGUUGCCUACUUCCCUCAUACAAAGAGGAUGAUGAUGGUUACAAACCUUAAGGAAAAGACACGUGCUAUUCUCACCGACUCAUUGAAGGCUUCUUACUCUUUGUCAGAAGAGAAGCGCCGAUUUGAGAUGGUAAGAGAGCUUAUUAUUAAGCUCAGCAAGACGAAGAUUUAA